CGAAAACACAUGAGAGGGUCGGCAGACAGCUCUUGUCACUUGAAGCAGCACCAGAUCAUUUAGCGAUCAACUAGUCUCUUUCGCGUCAUUCACAGCAUGGGGCAGCCGUCGUUCGAGGCGUCCCACGCCCUCGUUUAUGUGACAUAUGGAGUAUUUCUGUUGUUGGGAACAGGCGUUGCCUGGACGUUCAGGAACCAGAGCAAGGGAGAGUUCCUGGCAGGCAACAGGACUCAAACUGCUCUGCCGCUCGCCCUGAACUUCAUCGCAUCCGGUGAGUGAGUGAGCCAUGCGGCUGAAGAGAGAGCCAAUCGGCGGGUCUUUCCAAAAUCAGGGCGGCGGCAACGCAGGAGUCAAGCAUCAGACUCGCAUCGUUCUCGAUUCGGCAGGACACUUGAUCGAGGAAUGGCGUCGUAGGGCGACGACAUGUGAACGGCGACAACAGACGACAAGGAAGGCCAGGCCACAGGCUGACCAAGCCCUCGGCUCCGGUAUCCUCUUCACUUACCCUCAGCUUGCAACGUUGGCUGGUGUUCAGGGCGUGGUCGUCUACGCCUUGGCGUCCGCCCUCCCCCUUCUGAGUUUCGCUGCGCUGGGCCCCAUCAUCCGCCGCAAGUGUCCCCAGGGGUUCGUCCUCACCGAGUGGACCAGGCAGCGAUACGGGACGCUUGCGGCUCUGUACCUAAGCUUUAUGACGCUGGUCACACUGUUCCUCUACAUGAUUUCCGAGCUGUCCGCCAUCGGACAGGUCGUCAACCUCCUGACGGGAAUUGACGGGCUGCCCGUGCUGAUUGUGGAAUGCGUCAUCACAACCAUCUACACUUCCGUUGGCGGUUUCAAGGUGUCCUUCUUUACGGACAACAUCCAAGGAGCUAUGGUUCUGGGUCUUAUUCUGAUCGCCACCAUCACCAUCGGCGUCGAGACCAAGAUCGACACGAGCCUGAUCGAAUCCUCCGGCCUGACCAAGGCUAGUCUUCUUGGCUGGCAACUCCUUUACAUCCUGCCCGUGGCUAUCCUGACUAAUGACUUCUUCCUCUCUAAUUUCUGGCUCCGCACCUUCUCCGCCAAGACCGACCGCGACCUCUGGCUCGGCAUCACCGGCGCCGUCGUCGCGACGCUCGUCAUCAUCACCCUGGUCGGCUCGACGGGCCUGAUCGCCGCCUGGGCCGGCGUCUGGCCGGGGCCCGAGGACGCGCCCGUCGACGGCUCCGUCGCCUUCUUCGCGCUGCUCACGCAGCUGCCCAACUGGGUCGUCGGCGUCGUCGUCGUCAUGUCCGUCACCCUCAGCACCGCCGCCUUCGACUCGCUCCAGUCGGCCAUGGUCACGUCGGCGUCCAACGACCUGUUCCGGAACCGGCUGAACAUCUGGUGGAUCCGGGCCGGCGUCGUGCUCAUCAUGAUCCCCGUGGUGGUGAUUGCGAUCCGGGCGCCGUCCAUCCUGCAGAUUUACCUCAUCUCGGACCUCGUCUCGGCCGCGACCAUCCCCGUGCUGGUGAUCGGCCUGUCGGAUGCCUGUUACUGGUGGAGGGGGUUCGAGGUGGUCGUGGGCGGCCUGGGCGGCCUGUUUACCGUCUUCUUGUUCGGCACCGUCUACUACGGCGACGCGCAGCUGGGCGCCGAGCUGAUGCUGCUGGAGCAGGGCCUGUACACGGCCGACUGGGGCGCCUUUGGCGCCUUCGUCGCGGCUCCCGUCGGAGGCCUGCUCUGGGGAUUCGGCGCGUUGGGCCUGCGGCUGGGCAUCCAGUACGUCAGCGCUCGGCUCAGGGGACAGAGGUUCGACGCUCUCGAUCGCCCCGUGGCUGUUAGCGGGCCGCAGCUUGUCGACCCCGAGGCUGGGAGGGACGGCGGUACCUGGGACAACACCGAAAUCUCUUCGGAUGCUCCUGGUCUCGCCAAGACCACUGGCAAGUUCUUCUAGAAACCCAGCCUAGAAGUGGGCGGUGAUGGAAAAGGGGUGGCAUGGCCACCGUUCGAUCGAGGUGUCAUAGAGCACUGCACAUUCCCCGGGCUUCUCAACUUUGGUGCUUGUUGCUUGGGUAGUUCGGCACCCUCCAGGAUAUUGACGUGGCAAUGGAUCUCGCAGUGCUC